AUGAGCGAGACCCCACCAGGACUCCAGUAUAUUCGCGAUUGGAAUAACCGCCUUCUGGUUAUCGGCUUCCACUUCCCCCCCGGCCCAACCCAAGACGAAGCGCGACGCCACACCGAGGAACUGCUGCGUCAAGAGCUGUUGCGACUCCCGACGUCCGACGAAGUCAACAAGGCCGCGCUGGUGCACUCCAUGUUCAUUUGGGACUACACCGAGGAUAACAAGUGUUAUCGCAGGAACCCAAAAUCUUUAGCACGCAUUUCUAAUGUAGCGCAUCCGCCGGAGACGGUCUGGGAGGCUUGGUUGAACGACGUCAAACGCAUCCGCACGUCGGUUGACCGUUUUCAUUUACGGUUGAAGGGGGAAAUCGAGGCCAUCCUCGCGUCAGACGAACCUCUCGAGGACAAGUGGGUGCAGGGCCUCCGCCUCCGGGAGGCUGAGGGAAUCCCUACGCGGAUACCUAUACAAUACGGUCCCGAUGGUCGGGCGACCGAGGUGAAGUACCCCUGGCUGCUGGAUCUGGUUGACGACAGUGCCCUUCGCGUGAAGAAGCUGAUCAAGGAGGGUCUGGACGAGCUUGUCCGUGAGUGCGAGGAGGGGAGGGACGGGGAUUCUGAGUGGGAGACGGAGAGUAGUGGAGAGGGCGCGUAG